AUGGGUCCACCAGAACAGAAGAAGCAUAAGCCACCUGCAACGGGUCCACCAGAGCCAACGCUGCCGCAGAGCCCGAUUCCGUCGCUUCCCUACUGGUUUGUAUUACAAUGCGUCGCCCGAAUCUCAAGGUUGUACUAUCCGUCUCUCGCUUUUGUCUCCAAGAGCUUUCGCUUUAGUCAUACUUGGUACACCCUCUGCCGGAAACCUGACUGCGCCAUAAAAGAAUGGCCAUUGACAUUUGGUUACGUGUCAAGUGGGUAUGCUUUGGCACCAGUCUCAAGAGAUAAAUUUUCUUAUUUGACCGCUAUGGGUCUCGUGGCUGUUGGUUCUGAUAUCUACAACAUUGCCGUACCCAAUAUAUUAGGAGACCCCGAUCCGUACUCAGGCUACAAAAACAAGGUAGAGUAG